AUGUGACUCUCUUUGUAUAUUUGUAGGAACAAGUGCCAAUUGGUUCAGCAGAAGUACGUGCUGUGUUCAGCAGUGGUAGUGGUCGUGUCGCUGGAUGCAUGGUAACAGAGGGAAAAGUAGUGGAAGAAUGUGGUAUUCGUGUCACUAGAAAAGGCAAAGAAGUUCAUGUUGGUGUGGUCGAAUCUUUAAGACGGGUGAAGGAAGCUGUGAAAGAGGUUAAUGCGGGAUUAGAGUGUGGUAUUGGGGUUGAGGAUUUCGAUGACUUUGAGGUGGGUGAUAUUCUGGAGGCUUUCAACUCAGUUCAGAAUAGACGAACACUCGAGGAGGCGUCAGCAUCAAUGGCAGCAGCACUUGAAGAAGUGGGGAGAGGCCUGUAAAGAAACUAGAGGUGAAUAGCCUAAUAACUUUCUGCGUGCCAGUUAUAGUGCGUGGGCUUAAUCAAUUGUUAGAGGAGUGGGAUGAUCAGCACAUCAUGUGGGUGAAUUUUGCCGGUUGCUUGUCAAACAUACUUGAUGCUGUAUAAGGUGAGCUGCAUAGAAUUGGCCAUUGUUAUGUGCUGUUGCAAUGUAUAUAGUGAUACAUAUCAUUUGAGUUCCUCUUUGUAAAGGGCAACAAGUCCAUCAUUUGUUUGAAUUGCUCAAGAUGAAUGAUGAUAACACAUGUAGUCAUAGUAGCAUGGAGAAAAGAAGUUCCAAUAUUGAAAAUCUUAGGAUGCUCUAGGUUAGAUGCGUCAUCUUGUAAACUCAAUAUCAUUCAAUUUGAAAUGAAAUUCAGAAAGCGAGGGAACAAGUAGUUCUACUGUUUCCAUUACAUGGUA